CCCACACUGCUGCCCGGCCUGCUUGCGUGCCGCCCCAGCAGACCGCAUCCAUUGUACUGUAUAUCGCCGUGCGGCCCUUGACGACCGUCCCACACAGCUUCCGCCGCGCACCCAGCUGCCCGCAGCCGCCAUGGCCUCCAUCUUCCGCGACUUUUCCUUCGAGUCUGCUCGCACCGCCGAGCCCGCGGCCGUGAGCGUCUGCCCUACGUCAAUCGCACCCGCGCCGCCUCCAGCACGACUGCCAACGCCGCCGCCCUGCUCUGUCGGCGACCUCGCACACGCACUCACCCAGCAGAGCCUGCGUGUCCAGGUCGACCCGUCGUGCCGUUUUGCCUGCGAACCGCUCACGCCGCCAAGCGACGAACUUGCUUUUCCCGCCGAGCUGCUGGACCGACCCCAGCAGCUGGCCUCGCAACGCCUCGCCUCCGCAACCCUUCGAAUGCAGCGGCAAGCCAACACCAAGAUGCAGUGCACCUCGUCGCGCAUCAAAGACAUAUCGCUGCUGGUGCGGAUGAUCGAGGAGCGGGAUCAGUGCCGCAUCUGCGAACCAAAGUCAUCAACUCCGCCCUCCCCACCGCUAUCAGACGAGGACGAGGGCGUCGACAUGGAAUACACGCCCUCGGAUCCGAAAGACGCGCUGCGCUUCGAGCUCCCGUUCUGGCGAGCGGGCGAAAAGCCCAACAACAACGGCUGCGCCAGAGUGUCCAAGGGCGUGCGGAUGCGAAAGAGGUCGACAGUGCCGAGGAGAGUCCCGAAGUAAUCACGACUACUAUAUCUACCUAUUCUUAUCUUAAUAGCAUUGCGAGGGCGUUUGGGCUGGUUGUCGAUUCGGAGCGCAUUAUACCACUGCUUUUUUAUCGAGGAAGCCGCAGCCAGCGGCGACAAAAUUGGGACACUGGGUUCGCCACAUUGGAAUUCGGAUGCAUUGGUUCGGCUGGGAGGGUAUCGUGUCCGUUUUGUUCUAGAAGAGCUCCCGCAGCGGUUGAGCCUGGCAUUGUCGGGUGCGAUAAGCUUCAGCGCUGUCGCAGCCAUCAUCCAUAGCGCAGUCGCCAUCAAUACGAUUGCCUUCUAUGCCAUUCAUCUCAUUUUGGCCCUUAUCGGGUG